AACAAUGGCCGACAGGAGAGCCAGUCUACUCCUGUAGUCGUUUUAAAUGUUUAACAAGUAACAUUUACAGUGUGUAUGUAAGAGAGUCUUGUUGUGAUGGGUAGGUGAUUUCGAAAGUGUGGUUUUUAAGAGAGAAACCAGCUGCUGAGCCCGCUUUUAGCUGCCAAAAUGAGCGAUGUUGUGGAGAAGACGCUGACAGCUCUGCCGAGCCUCCUCUCUUUAGACUCCCAGCCUGGGUCAGCAAAACUGUCCUCCACCUCAAAGCUAGGGAAUCUCAUCAGAGGAAUCACUGAGCUGACGUCCAAACAUGAGGAAGAGAAACUUAUUCAGCGUGAGCUAUUGUCUAUCAAAGAACAAGUGUCCUCCCCCAACACCACCAUGAGGCAGAUGAAGGAGCUCAUGGUGCGAACGAUCUACUGUGAAAUGUUGGGCUAUGAGGCUUCGUUCAGCUACAUUCAUGCCAUUAAACUGGCUCAGCAAGGCACUGUUCUGGAAAAGAGAGUCGGUUACCUCGCUGUUUCCUUAUUUCUGAAUGAGAGUCACGAGCUUCUGCUGCUCCUAGUAAACACUGUGUUAAAGGAUCUUCAGAGUACAAAUCUUAUUGAAGUGUGUAUGGCUCUAACUGUUGUCAGCCAAAUGUUCCCCAAAGAUAUGAUUCCUGCAAUCCUUCCUCUGGUGGAGGAAAAACUAAGUCACCCAAAAGAAAUCAUUCGUAGAAAAGCAGUACUGGCACUGUACAAGUUCUACCUAAUAGCACCAAACCAAGUUCAGCACAUCCACAACAAGUUUCGCAAAGCUCUCUGUGACAAAGAUCCUGGUGUGAUGACAGCCUCACUACACAUCUACUUACAGAUGAUCCAGGAGAACCCAGAAGGUUACAAGGACCUGACGGCAAGUUUUGUCACCAUAUUGAAGCAGGUGGUGGGAGGAAAGCUGCCCAUGGAUUUUAAUUAUCACAGUGUUCCUGCUCCAUGGCUCCAAAUUCAGCUGCUCAGAAUACUCUCCUUACUUGGGAGAAAUGACCAGAGUACAAGUGAGGUCAUGUAUGAAGUACUUGAUGAGUCUUUACGAAGAGCAGAGAUGAACCAUAACAUCACGUAUGCUAUUUUAUAUGAGUGUGUAAGGUGUAUCUACACGAUUCAGCCAAAGUCUGACCUUUUGGAAAAAGCUGCAAAGUGCAUUGGCAACUUUGUUUUGUCUCCCAAAAUAAAUCUAAAAUAUCUAGGCCUGAAGGCCCUCACCUACGUGGUCCAGCAGGAUCCUAAACUGGCCUUGCAGCAUCAGAUGACCAUCAUAGAGUGUCUCGAUCACCCUGAUCUUAUUAUUAAGCGUGAGACCUUGGAGUUGCUCUUUCGGAUCACUAAUGCCCAGAAUGUUACCGUCAUUGUCGAGAAGAUGCUGGAAUUUCUGCGCAUCAGUGAAGAUGAUCACACUACCAUUGACUUGGUGGGGAAGGUGGCAGAGCUGGCAGAAAAAUAUGCACCAGACAACGAGUGGUUCAUAGAGACAAUGAACACAGUGUUUUCAGUUGGUGGAGACAUGAUGCAGCCUGACAUCCCAAACAGUUUUCUCAAACUGCUGUCUGAGGGAUUUGACAGUGUGGAGGAAGACAGGAAGUUAAGGCUGUUUGCUGUGAAUUCGUACAUUUCUCUGCUGCAGGGAGAGCCUGGCAAACUGCCACAGCGCUUCCUCCAAGUCAUCAGCUGGGUCCUUGGGGAAUACUCUCAUUUGAGAGAGGAUCUUGAACCGGCAGAAGUCCUGAGGCUGCUGGCCAAGCUAUUGGACCUGAAGAACAGCAGUAGUGAAACCAAGAGUUGGGUCCUCUCGGCCAUGACCAAGCUCUCCGAGGGUGUUGCUGAUGUUUCUAUAACUCAGGAGGUUUCUGAGACAUACAGCAGUUCCCUGGACACAGUGCUGAGACAAAGGGCGCAUGAGUUGCAGUAUCUCAGCCAAGACUCUGAACUAAGAGCCAGGGUGUUACCCCGGGGUGCCGACCCAGAGACUGUGGAGGUGGAUUCCUCGCUGUCAUUUCUUGACAGAUUUGUGUCAGAGGCGUUGGCUGCUGGUGCUGCUCCAUACAAGCCUCCCCAUCAACGGCAGGAAGAACUAGCUGAGUCAAAAGCAUUAAACCUUGAGCCCUACGGCCUGUCUCUGCCUAUCAGCAUGUCCUCCUGCAGCAUCACUGACAGACAGUCUCCUACACUGUUGUCCAUGAGCUCGGGUCUGUCAGGUGAUAGCACUGACCUCUCACACAAAGGAGGGUCUUCAGCAUUGAAGCUGGAUGGUGUAAAGAGGGUUUGGGGAAAGGAGGGCUAUCUGGCCCAGAGAGAACCUGUAGAGGAAGCCACUCAGGUUGAGGUUCCCAGUCCCAUUCAGUCUCCCAGCCGGCAGGGCGAAGGUGACGGCUCACACAGUCAGACCCCAAAUCAGACACUGAUCCCAGAGCCAGAACAAGAGAAACAGCAGCUGGCCUCUUCGCUUUUUGUUGGCCUGGACUCCCAAAGCUCUGUGUCUCUGAUGGGAAAAUCUGAGCCGACACCACAGCGAUUCAGAAGAAAAGCCAAAGGUCAGGGCACGUCCUCGAACACUAGCGAGCAAAUAUCGAACUCCCUCAUCUCUCCUCCCUGUACUGUAGAUAACUUGCUGUGUAACAACCUACUUGACUCCAACAACACCUCAGAGCCGGCCGUUUCUUCACCCGAACAGACAUCUCAGCUCUCUCAGAGCCUCACUACUGCUAAUGGCACUUGUGACACAGAGGCAGAGUUAACUGACACUGACACAAAGGGAUGUGACCCUGUUCUCCACAGGGAUAAUUGUGUAGUAGCUGCUGAUCCUGGUCCACAUGAACACCCGGACAGACCAAAAGAAAUGUAUCUGGAUUCUUAUCUUCCUGCAGAGCUCUCUGGACUUCUGCACUCAGAAAUAUCUCCUUUGUGCACCAACCAAAGCAUGAAUCUCUCAGCUUGUCACGUGCAGAGAGAAGAUUUGUUAGUAUUUGGUUUUAUUAUGAACUCCUCUGACUCUGCCAUACAACAGAUGCUGUUUCAGGUCAACUCCGAAGAUCUUGAGGUAUCCUGUCUAUCUGACAGUCCAGUGGGGGAGGUAAGAGGCCAGAGUGUAGCAGUGUGCCAAUAUUCUCUAACCGUGAAGAGGCCUGCAGUUCACGUUGAGGUGGUUGGAAGAUCUUACCAGCUGCCUGCUGGGACAUCUCAGUCAUUGCAGUUCUCGUAUAAACUCCCUUUAACCAGCUUCAUCAGACCUUUUGUGGUGUCCACGGAGGGAAUACGGAACAAUGUGGCUUUCUUCUCUCAUGACACAAAACAGAAUCUGACCCUGAUAAACGAUGACCAAGAACCACUCACAGCCACUCUGAAUGUGCUGAAGAAGAAGCUUCAGCUUCACGUUGUGGAAAUUAUAGGUAUGGAAGGUAUUGUAGCUUGCUGUCUCCAUAAGGAUCAGCCAUGCCUGAUGCACUGCCGUGUGCAUGCAGGGCGCCUGGCUGUGUGGCUGCGCUCUCCGGUCCCCGCGCCUGACUGCCUGAUCUACCACUGUCAAAGAGCUUUACAGGGGCACUGAGACCCAACUGCAGCACCAUCACCACUGACACCACUGAGGAACUAAACCACCGACUCUCACAGAGAGGAAGGUACACAGAGCUGGAGUGCUGGACAGAAAAGGAAAGAUCUGACGUUGUGAAUUUGGAUCUUCAUAUUGCAGUGUUUAUUUAUUAUUUAGCAGGAUUUGGUUUUAUGUAUUUAGCAGAAUUAUAGCACAUUGAAAGUAAUGGCAAGUAAUAAGCUCAGGGUUAAAUGAUAGCGUUUUAACAUCUGUGGGUGUUUCAGAAUAACAUUAUUGUCUUGAAGUAGUGAAAGGGCUCCAUAAUGACUGAAUGAUUGAAGUCUUCUUUCCUGGUUAAAUUAUGAUGGUACAGUUUGUAUAACACAAAAUUCUCAAGUGUAAAAUAAUGAAUUUUUCCUGUAGUCCAGAGAGAAAAGAUUAUAUUUUUUUGUGAUCUGAAGUACUUUUUUUAGCUACAACAAUCAUAACAGAGGAGCGAGUAAGCCCUCCCUCUUCCUGUUUCACAUUUACAACAGAUGCAUGAAGAGAAGAGGUGUAGCAACCUCAGUGUUUGAAUGUAACCAGAGACACAUCAGAAGGAUUACCCCACAGCCACUGCAGAGAAACAGAAGGAUCAAGUCAUUGCUGUAUCUAAGCUACUAGCUACUGAUUUGUUAGCCAAGUCUGGACAUGCCAACCAGCAACCAGACACGGCCACUUUAGACUGGUGCCAAAAUCAAAUCAAUUCCAAAGAGCAAGCAUCUUUACUGCUUGGUGCAAAAAAAAAAAUGUUUUGUCCACUGUGCAUACUCUCCUUCCUAACAACUGUAUGGUGUUUUUUUUGUUUUGUUUUGUUUUUUAAAUAGAAAUUAUACAAUUGGACACUUUAAAAGCUUAAAUUUGGGGCUUGGGUGCUGUGAUUGGCAGAUGUGCUGACACAGUAAGUUGUAGCUAAUAGCUGUCUGCUAGGACUCAACUAAUUCUAGUAACUGAAGUGGUAUUGGUCCCAUCUGGAACAUUCUUAAUGGAACUGUCUGACAAACAGUAUGGCUCACUGUGAGGCACAGACCAUCAAAUGUUUACGUUUCAGUUUUGGUGAGUGAAAUUCUAGUAUUUAAUUAGUCUGUUACUUGGCAGGAGUUUGUUUCUGUGUAUUAGAGCAAUAUAGUUUCUGAAUGCAGAUUGAUAACCAUAACUAGAUAACUUAAAAAUCCACCCUUUUAUCUAAUUAUGAUUGCUUCUGGCUGCAAUAAACUGGAACUAGUACAUAAUGCUAGUCUAAUGAAAGCUUCAGUAUUUAAAGAUGCAUCAAGUAAACCUUGAUCAUGAUUCUAUCACAGAAUCAUGAUCAAGUGCUGAUAACUAUGGUCAAAACAGUCCCACCACCUUUCCCCAGAGACAGAUGAGGGAUCAGCUGAACUGUGGAUUUAGAGAAUCAGGACAUCAGGAUUUGCAUACAGAUAAAACUGAAGAAACAAGUUCUGCUGUUCACUUUUUACAGACUUGUCUCAAGACGUCUCGUAACGGUGGAGCGGUGUUUGAUUAUUUUCCAAGAAUCAACAACUUUCCCUCCCUGUUCCCUAGCUUGAGUGAAUGAAUGUGCAUGUUUUGCUCCUCAUGGGAAAACCACAGGAUGAUACCAACAACCACUUCAUCUGGAUGUUAAUAAGAAAUUUAAGCAUUCAAUCAAUCAUGUUCUGGCACAUUCGUGGCCGUCUUCCAACAAAAUGUAAAAUGCUGUAAAUAUUAAGAAAAUAUCCAGUUAGUCUCCUCUGCUGAAGUUUCAGCACAUUAGAGGAUUGCACUUUUCAGGCUGAGAUGAACUUCCUCUUGUUUCUUUACGGCUUGUUUGGUGAGAGCGGUUCGUCUUUAGUCUAAGAGUUAGGAUCUCACUCCACCUUUAUCAGGAUCAGGAGGUUUUGCAGGUGUCGCCUUCUGUGUGGACUGAUUACUUAUGCACUCAUGUUUCUCAUCGGGUGGAUGUUAAGGGUCUUAGUUAUAUUUUUGUAUGACUGCAGUAUUAAAGAAACGUAUUUAUUGAGUUUAUAUUCUUACAAAAUGUUUUAUAUGCAUUUCACUGGAAGAAAGGGAACCGGUUUUCUUGAUGUGCCGUUUGACUGCUCUGUCUCAGUUUCUUUCUUUGACGUGUCUUAGCCUGUUUUAAGUAAUUCAGCCUGAAGGGAAAGUUUGCUUUCUGCUUUUCUUUUUUUAUGCCUGUGUGCUGCUUUGAAGCACAGUGUGAUGCUAACAGUGUCUCUAAUACUCAAUUUUAACCCUACGCCUUAUGUUUUAAUGCCAGCACGGCAUGUUUGAUUUGUGCCUGUGGUACAGGGGAAAAAAAAAAAAUCCUUGUUUCUUGGAGUGCCUGUCAGUACAUUCAG